AUGCCGAAUACUCUGAUGGGACCGCAACACGAGCCGAAGCCGUUUAUUUCGAAUCGUCUGGCUCUCCUCUGCACGCCGGGAGACAUUACAACUGCGACAGGAAAGUCUGCACCCCGAAAGCCCCUGCAUGCAACUACCAGACGAAAAGCGAGAAAGACACUGGAGGAGGUUUUGGACCUUCCGCUUGACGUGGUUUUCGAGAUUGCGUCUCAUCUCACCCCAGUGGACUUGCUCAACCUUGCCCGUACCUCUCUCCGCUUCCGAGCGACUUUCAUGUCCAAGACGGCGCUGGGAGUCUGGAAGCGUGUUCUCGAACGAAUCCCGGACCUGCCUGAGUGCCCGCGGGAUCUGACUCACCCACAAUAUGCUAGCUUAAUUUUCGAAAAAUUCUGCAUGGUACGACUGGACACGCUUUCGCCUCUCUCCGCGCUUACAAGUCCUCCAGAAAUGCCUGCAAGAACCAAGUCGCUCUAUGCCCAUUAG